AUGUUUCCGUUUGACACGGCGGCGCUGCCGCAGAUAACGACGCGCAAGGCCCUGCUGGCCGUCGACCUGCAGACCGACUUCUUGGCCGCCGAUGGCGCGUUGCCAGUGACGGCUCCGGACGGUUUUGCGGAGCGAUCCGUGCUGCUCGCCAAAACGGUGCGCGCGGCAGGGGGUGACGUCGUGUGGGUGCAGUCACGAUUUACGGACCGACGGCCGAUCGACGAGGAGCCCAUCGUCGUAUCCGAUGCCGUCGACGUGGAGCAGCCGACGUCGGGCCGCCAACAGAACCGGCCGCGAAACCGGGACCGGGGUUAUCGGAGCACAACGAACAUCGUUUCCGAACUCCCCAUGGCGCCCGAGGCCGAGGCCGAGACGAGAGACACCAGCGCACAAGACGAGGACCCCGAAGCCUUCCUGAGCAUCGCCGACGGGUUGUGCGUCCAGCACCCGUCCCCCGGAGCCGACCUGCAUCCGACCGUGGCUGCUGCCGUUGCCGGGAGCGACUCGGUGUUGUGCAAGAGCAGCUACUCGGCCUUCCAGGGCACCUCCCUUCUACGCCGUCUGCGGUCACGCAUGGUCAUGCACGUCUUCCUCUGCGGCUCGCUCGCCAACGUCGGCGUCUACGCGACGGCUCUCGACGCCGCCGGCCACGGCAUGGCCAUCACAAUCGUCGAGGACUGCUGCGGCUACCGCAGCGAGGCGCGCCGGGACCGGGCGAUGCGGAACCUUCUGGAGCUGACGGGCUGCGCCGUUCUGAGCGGCGCCGACGUCGCCGAAGCCCUGGGGCUGCCGAGGACGUCGCCCGCGUCGUCGGAGUCGCCGUCACCCCCCAACGACAGCAUCAGAGUCGGACUCGGAGUCGGCAUCGGCAUCGGCAUCGGCGUUGACAAGGCCGUGUUGGAGCUGUCGAAGCUCACGCUAGCGUCCGUCGCUCGGGGGCCAGACAAGGCGGAAGCGGGUGGAAGCGGGGAGAAGGUGGUCGAUGGACCUACCUCCUCCGGGUUGACCCAAUCGACGCCACCAAAGGCUACGACCUCGACUUCGACACCACAGCUUCAUGCGCCUGCAUCACCUCCAGGUACCGCCGCAGCUACCGCUGCCAUUGCAGCUACCGCUACAGCUACAACCACAGCUACAGCUACGACUGCUGCUACAGUUGCAGCCGCCGCCACGCCGAUCAUGACGGAGUUGCGCCCCGAACAAAGGCCGACGAGCGAGGCAGCGACGACAGAAGAAGACGACAAAGCACGACGCACGACCGCCGGUUCUGCUGCGGAUUCGGAUGCGGAUUCGGGUCCGGCUACAGACACAGACACAGAUACCCAUGCCGCCCAGCGUCGCCUCGGCGAAGGUGACACCGACGUCAUCGACAACCUCAUCCCGCCCGCCGUGGAGGCCACCAUCUUCGACAGCCUCCGAGACGAGGUGCAAUGGCAGCGCAUGUCCCACCAGGGGGGGGAGGUGCCACGCCUCGUCGCCGUGCAAGGCGCCGUCACCGUUGACGGUGAUGUCCCUGUCUAUCGCCACCCGUCCGACGAGGCGCCGCCGCUCCGUCCGUUCUCGCCCGCCGUCCUCGCCGUCAAGGAUGCGGUCGAGAGACAGCUCGGCCACCCGGUGAACCACGUGCUCAUCCAGCUGUACCGUGACGGUGCUGACUACAUCAACGAGCAUAGCGACAAGACGCUCGACAUCGCUCCUCACUCCUACAUCGCCAACGUGAGCCUCGGCGCCGAGAGGACCAUGGUUCUGCGUACGAAGCGGCCGUCGAGGGUCGCCGAAGCUAAGGCGGGUGAUGAGGGAGCUGGGGGAGCUGGGUGUGGUGGUGGUGACGGCCAAACAGGUGGUGAAGAUGCAGGUCGUCGUGGUGGACAGGCCAAACCACCGGCACGAGCAUCAUCACCAACUUCGCUACGGAAAACGUCACCACCGACAUCCCCACAGUCUCAUCAGCGCACCGUCCUCCGCCUCCGCCUUCGUCACAACUCCCUCUGCCGCAUGGGCCUUGCCACCAACGGCCGAUGGCUGCAUGCCAUCCGUCCGGACCGACGCGCCGCUCGUGAGAAGACGGCGGCCGAGCUCGCCUUCGACGGCGUCCGCAUCUCCCUUACCUUCCGUCGCAUAGCCACCUUCCUCGCCGCCGACGAGACCCUCAUCUGGGGUCAGGGCGCCACGGCAAAGUCCCGCUCCGACGCCCGUCCCGUUAGCAACGGUCAGACGGCUGACGCUGUCGCCAUGCUCCGCGCUUUCGGUGCCGAGAAUCGUGCUUCCCGAUUUGACUGGCACGCUCACUACGGUGCCGGAUUCGACGUCCUCCACAUCACCCGCGCCCCGCGUUUCUUCACCGCUGCCGAUCCCGUCAUGAACAUGCGCGUCGCCCUGAUGCUCGCCGAGUACGAUGUGAGCUACGCUCGUGGCAGCGUUGCCCCCGUUGCCGACAGUCCACUCGACGGCGUACCUGUCCGCUUCGUCGACAACGAUUCUCAAGGGUCCACCGUGGAAGGCGACAUCGCCGUCCUGCUGUACAUCGACGCCGUCUACGGCCCGGGCAGCAUCACCCACCGCCCUGGCUCCAGUCCGCAUCACAGUCCGGCUCCCGAACCCGCCGAGCUCGCCGCCAGCCUCACCCUCUUCCAACGCGCCCUCGGCCUCCACGAAAAAUUCCGCCUCCGUGCCGUGCCCGUCUCUGCCCCCACCCCAUCUACUUGCUCGAAACCCGCCAUUCCCAACUUCUUGAUGCAGGCCAUUGCCAGCUGGGAAUCCGCUUGCUCGAAUACCUUCCUGUUGGCUGGUCCCUCCCCUUCCCUGCCCGAUUUUGCUCUCUGGCCUGCCCUUCAUGCCAUUGUCGAAGAGUACGGCGGGCCAGAGAUCGCCUUCAACAAACUGCAUCGUGUAAGGGCGUACUACGACCUGUUUCGCGCACGCGAGAGCGUCCGGAAAGUCCUCGGAAAUUGA